AUGAGCUCACGUGGCGGGGUCAAACUUUUAACCCCUGAAGAGCAGGGCAAGCAGAAGAUGAGGACUCUUGAACUUCAGCUCGACUACGUUCUGACGAGGAUUAUUCUUCGUGUCGAGGAAGAUACAUGUGUAGAGGAGGAUUUAAAAACAGCGCACCACGAAAUUGACGACAUCGAGAUCUCAACGCGAAUAGUUGAGACUGAGGCGAUCAUGAAGGCCUUGGACAAGCAAGGCGUCCCUACUCCAUUCAUUAAGAUACUUUUUGAGUUCUAUAGCAACUUCACGACCAAAAUUUCCCCGUUAAAUAAUGUUUUCACAAUCGACAUGAAGAGACGGCAUCUUCCUCCCGUUGACGACAUUAAUCAGGCGGAACGAAUGCUGGUCGAAUUUGAUGAAACGUGUAAAGAGAUCGGUCGGGAAAUUAACAAUGGUGAACGACCUGACCUCCGAGGCGGGCAGGAGGAAACUUGGGCUUUGGCAGCAACAGCAUCGAUGAUGCAAUGA